AACCGGGUUCCUCAGUCUCGAAACGGUGGGCCGGAGGGAAGGAGCUCCGUGACCCUGAAUCAAAUUUUCUGUUGCUAUUAUUUUCCGUUUCAGUUCAUCUUUUUCCGCCGAUUUUCGUUGAUCUUUUGGUGGCCACGUAUACCCGUCACUCGUAUCUUGUUAUUUAUUAAUUGUGCUCAUCUCCAAACACGCGGUUGUGCAGUGAAAGAUUGUCGACUCGCGCGCGGACACUUUCUGUGGAGUACAUGUACCCUGGACAAGGAUCGCGACGUGGAUCGUAGGAGAAACAAACGAAUAUGCUGAUAAGAGAAUUGGCGGCCGUUUGGGUCGCCGUCCUCUUGUGCCAUCUUCAGCUAACGGAGUCUCAGGUUCCUACCACAAAUGUCUUCACCUGUCCGAACGGAUGGGAACUGAGAGGCAUACACUGUUACAAAUUCUUCAACAUCAGGCACUCUUGGGAAAAGGCGGCGGAACUAUGCAGGAGGUACGGCAGCGAAUUGAUGGUGGUGGAGUCGUACAGCGAGAACAACAUGUCCGCGAGUAUGAUCGGCCGGCAUUUGGAUCGUUACUGGCUGGGUCUGGCUUCCCUCGACGAUUUACGAACCAACACGCUCGAAUCAGCGGCAGGAAUGCUCGUCUCUCAAUACGCCGGUUUCUGGGCGUCGAGGCAACCGAAUCCGCAAUCAGGUGAAUGCGUGGACGUCGCGUUGACGGACGACCGACAAACGUGGGAGCUAACCACAUGUGAAUCCUUGCUUCCUUUCAUGUGCCGUGCCAACGCUUGCCCAGCUGGCUCGUUUCACUGCUCGAAUGGCAAGUGCGUAAACGCGGCAUUCAAGUGUGACAAACAGGAUGAUUGCGGUGAUUUCUCGGACGAGAUCGAUUGCCCUACGAAUUGCCAGUUUUAUAUGGCGAGCAGCGGUGACGUCGUGGAGAGUCCUAAUUAUCCGCACAAAUAUGCACCCCUCAGUAACUGCAAGUGGACCCUUGAGGGCCCUCAAGGGCAUAACAUCCUUUUACAGUUUCAAGAAUUCGAAACAGAAAAGAGCUUCGACAUAGUACAGAUACUGGUAGGAGGCAGAACAGAAGAAAAAUCAGUGAAUCUUGCGACCCUUUCUGGCAAACAGGAGUUGAGCAACAGGCUGUUCGUUUCAGCCUCGAACUUUAUGAUCAUCAAAUUUAGCACAGAUUCGUCGGUAGAGAGGAAAGGAUUCCGCGCCUCGUGGAAAACCGAACCGCAAACCUGUGGUGGAAUACUUCGAGCGACACCUCAGGGACAGGUGUUAACUUCUCCAGGAUAUCCACAGAAUUAUCCUGGAGGUCUAGAAUGCCUGUACAUCUUGCAGGCUCAGCCUGGUCGUAUCAUGUCGUUGGAGAUCGAAGACUUGGAUCUCGAGAUGAAUCGAGAUUACAUCCUCAUCAGAGACGGAGACUCGCCGAUGAGCAGACCGAUCGCUAGACUGACUGGCAAAGCAGAGGACAAUCCGACAGUGAUCAUGUCCACAGGAAGUAAUUUGUAUUUGUACUUCAAGACCAGCCUCGGAGAUUCGAGACGAGGUUUCAGUAUUCGUUACACGCAAGGCUGCAAAGCCACCAUCAUUGCAAGAAACGGGACGGUUCAGUCGCCCUCGUUUGGUCUGAACGAUUACCCCAACAAUCAAGAGUGUCUCUACAGAGUGAAGAAUCCUCAGGGAGGACCAUUGUCCCUGAAGUUUGUGAAUUUCAACGUGCACAAGACUGAUUUUGUGCAGAUAUACGAUGGUCCCAAUACGAACGGCCUACGUCUGCAUCCCGGAAAUGGAUUCACGUUAAACACAACGCCAAAGAUUACCCUAACAGCCGAAAGUGGAGAGAUGCUAGUUAGGUUCACCUCUGAUGCCCUGCAUAGCAGUUCUGGAUGGCAAGCAGAGUUCUCAGCAGACUGCCCGUAUCUUCAAUCUGGCGAAGGUGCACUGGCAUCUAGCAGGGACACUGCUUUUGGUACAGCAGUGACGUUCUCCUGUCCUCUGGGCCAAGAGUUUGCCACUGGCAAGUCUAAGAUUACUACAGAGUGUCUGCCAGGUGGAAAUUGGUCCGUCACGUACAUCCCCAAUUGUCAGGAGGUCUAUUGUGGUCCUGUGCCACAAAUUGACAACGGUUUCUCCAUUGGUUCCUCUAAUGUCACUUAUCGUGGACUGGCUACUUAUCAGUGUUACGCAGGAUUCGCAUUUCCUUCCGGUCGUCCUACCGAGAAAAUUUCUUGUAUGGCUGAUGGAAGAUGGGAAAAGAAGCCAUCUUGCUUAGCCUCUCAGUGUUCUCCUCUUCCGGAAGCUCCUCACUCGAACAUAACCAUUCUGAAUGGAGGUGGUCGUAGUUAUGGAACGAUAGUUCGAUUCGAGUGUGAGCCAGGUUACGUCAGAAGCGGACAUCCCGUGAUUCUUUGCAUGAGUAAUGGUACCUGGUCCGACCAAGUGCCAACCUGUUCACGUGCGAAAUGCCCAUUGCUACCCACGAUCAAGAAUGGCUUCAUAGUCGACACGACCAAGGACUACUUUUAUGGAGAUGAAGCCAGGGUCCAAUGCAACAGAGGCUACAAGUUAUCUGGGUCCAAUAUCAUACAGUGUGGGCCUAAUCAGUAUUUCGACAACGUUCCAACUUGCGAAGAUAUAAACGAGUGUGCAUCGAGCCAAUGCGACUUGGCUUCCACUGAAUGCAUUAACAAUCCUGGUGCAUUCACCUGCAAGUGCAAGCCUGGCUUCGCGCCAACUAUGGAAUGCAGACCCAUAGGCGAUCUUGGGUUAAUAAAUGGUGGUAUCCCAGACGAGUCCAUCACCGUAUCGAGUUCUGAAAACGGAUACACUAAAACUGGCGUUCGAUUGAACAGUGGCGAUGGAUGGUGUGGAAACAAUAUCGAACCAGGUGCAAAUUGGGUGAUGAUCGAUAUGAAAGCCCCAACUAUCAUCCGUGGUUUCCGUACUCAGAUCGUUUCCAGAGUGGAUGGCAAUAUAGCCUACACUUCGGCAGUUCGAAUUCAGUACACAGACAAUUUAACGGACAUCUUCAAAGACUACACUAAUCCCGAUGGAACACCAGUGGAGUUUAGAAUACUAGAACCCACUCUGUCUGUCCUGAACCUGCCAGUCCCCAUCGAAGCACGUUACGUGAGGUUCAGGAUACAGGACUACGUUGGUGCACCAUGCAUGAAGCUCGAAAUCAUGGGCUGCACUCGACUAGAGUGCACCGACAUCAACGAGUGUGCCACGAACAACGGUGGCUGCUACCAGAAGUGCAUCAACAAUCCUGGUAGCUACGCGUGCAUGUGCAAUACUGGAUACGAAUUGUACAAGGGCAACGGUACCGCUGGCUUCCACAUCGAGAAGUACGAAACUGGCGACAGGGAUGGUGAUUUGUUCCAGAAGAAUAAAACUUGCGUGCCUGUCAUGUGCCCCUCUCUAUCGGCCCCAGAAAAUGGAAAGAUUCUAUCCACCAAGUUACAGCAUCAUUUCGGUGACCUCGUGAAAUUCCAAUGCAACUUUGGCUACGUUUUAUCCGGCUCUUCAGCAGUGAUCUGUACCUCUAGUGGUGCUUGGAACGGGACGACACCGGAAUGUCAAUAUGCCAAGUGUGUGUCCCUACCAGACGACAAGAACGAGGGUCUGUCAGUGAUCCGCAGUGACGAGGCUAGUGUCCUGGUACCGUUCAAACAAAACGUCACCCUCAAAUGUGGCAGUAAUGGCCGAUACUUGCGAAACACAGCUACCUCAGGCUUUCGUCAAUGCGUUUACGAUCCAAAAUCAGGUCUCCCAGACUAUUGGCUCUCAGGAUCGCAGCCCGCAUGUCCCAGAGCCGAUUGUGGGAAACCUCUUCCUACACCUGGCGCUGAAUACGGACAGUACCUGGACACGAAGUAUCAGUCGUCCUUUUUCUUUGGAUGUCAGGACACGUUCAAACUUGCUGGACAAACGAACCGCCACGACAACGUGGUCAGGUGUCAGGCUAAUGGAAUUUGGGACUUUGGGAACCUGCGAUGCGAAGGUCCAGUUUGCGAAGACCCUGGUCGACCAAGCGAUGGCUACCAAGUAGCCAGAAGCUACGAGCAAGGAUCAGAAGUUCAGUUCGGAUGCAGCAGGCCAGGAUACAUUCUCAUCAACCCUAGACCCAUAGUCUGCGUCCGAGAGCCAGAAUGCAAGGUCGUUAAACCUUUAGGAUUGGCUUCCGGUCGAAUUCCAGACUCUGCGAUCAACGCAACCUCUGAAAGGCCCAACUACGAAGCCAAGAACGUUCGUCUGAACUCUGUGACUGGCUGGUGUGGCAAGCAGGAGGCGUUCACUUACGUCAGCGUCGAUUUGGGUCAAGUGUUCAGGGUGAAAGCGAUCCUGGUGAAAGGUGUAGUGACCAACGAUGUGGUCGGAAGACCAACAGAGAUCAGAUUCUUCUACAAACAAGCUGAAAACGAGAACUACGUUGUCUAUUUCCCGAAUUUCAAUCUCACGAUGAGGGAUCCAGGAAACUAUGGAGAAUUAGCGAUGAUCACCCUGCCCAAAUACGUCCAAGCACGUUUCGUGAUCCUGGGAAUCGUUAGUUACAUGGACAACGCUUGCUUGAAGUUCGAGUUGAUGGGAUGCGAGGAGCCUGUCGCGGAGCCUCUGUUAGGUUACGAUUAUGGAUUCUCUCCUUGCGUGGACAACGAACCUCCAGUGUUCCAGAACUGCCCUCAACAACCGAUAGUGGUACAGAAGGGAGCUGAUGGUGGUCUGUUGCCUGUCAACUUCACGGAACCCACGGCUAUCGACAACAGUGGCAGUAUAGCCCGGCUCGAAGUCAAACCCCAUAGUUUUAGAACCCCGUUGCGGGUGUUCGAGGACACGGUUGUUAAAUACGUGGCAUUUGAUUAUGACGGAAACGUGGCUAUCUGCGAGAUCAACAUCACUGUGCCUGAUGUGACACCACCGAAACUAAGUUGUCCUCAGAGCUACGUGAUCGAACUGGUCGAGAAACAGGAAAGCUAUUCAGUUAAUUUCAAUGAGACUCGAAGACGAAUCAACGCCACGGAUGCAUCAGGUCCUGUGAAGAUCACCUUUGUCCCGGAAAGAGCAUUAAUACAAAUUGGAGGUUUCGAGAAUGUAACAGUUUAUGCAACAGACUCGAGUGGAAAUAGGGCAUCUUGCCAUUUCCAAGUGUCUGUACAAGCAACCCCCUGUGUUGAUUGGGAGCUCAAGACACCGGCUAAUGGAGGACUAAAGUGCGUCCCUGGUGACAAAGGAAUGCAAUGCAUAGCCACUUGCAAGAAUGGUUACCGAUUCACCGAUGGUGCACCGGUGAAGACGUUCACCUGUGACGUCGCUAAACACUGGUCUCCUACUUCUGUUGUCCCUGACUGUGUUUCAGAAAAUACGCAACAGGCAAACUAUCACGUAGUUGCAGCAGUGACCUAUCGUGCCAAUGGUGCAGUUUCAAGAUCAUGUCUGCCACAAUAUCAAGAUCUUAUGUCUCAGUACUACAUGAAUCUAAAUAAUAUUUUAACCCAACGUUGCUCUGCGGUUAACGUGAAUAUGAACGUAUCGUUCGUGAGAUCUGUGCCCUACUUGCUCGAAGAAAAUGUCUUGAAGAUGGAUUUCAUACUCGUCAUCGUCCCAGCUAUACGCCAGCCUCAGUUGUACGAUCUUUGUGGUUCGACACUGAAUUUGAUCUUCGACUUAUCUGUUCCAUCCACCAGCGCAGUUAUUGAGCCUUUGUUGAACGUGUCAGCCAUUGGAAAUCAAUGUCCACCUCUUCGAGCAUUGAAAUCUUCCAUCACAAGAGGUUUUACUUGCAGCAUUGGUGAAGUUCUGAACAUGGACACCAAUGAUGUUCCACGAUGUCUCCACUGUCCAGCUGGAACCUUCGCAGGAGAAAAACAAAAGCAGUGCACAUCCUGUCCCAAGGGCUUCUAUCAGAACAGCGAUCGUCAGGGUAGCUGUUUACGUUGUCCAUUCGGCACAUACACUCGAGAAGAAGGUUCGAAGAGCAUAGACGACUGCAUUCCAGUUUGUGGGUACGGCACUUAUUCGCCCACUGGGUUGGUACCAUGUCUGGAGUGCCCCAGGAACAGCUAUACCGGGGAACCACCUGUUGGCGGGUACAAAGACUGUCAGACUUGUCCAGCUGGAACCUUCACUUAUCAACCAGCUGCUCCAGGUCGGGAUCGAUGUAGGGCAAAGUGUGCUCCGGGCAUGUACUCGGACACUGGACUGGCCCCGUGUGCCCAAUGUCCAAAAGACUUCUUCCAACCGCAACACGGAGCUACCACCUGCAUGGAAUGUCCGACGAACAUGUACACGGAUGGUCCAGGUGCAGUUGGUCGAGAAGAAUGCAAGCCAGUACAGUGUACCGACAGUGUCUGUCAACAUGGGGGCUUGUGCGUGCCCAUGGGGCACGGUGUACAGUGCGUGUGCCCUGCUGGGUUCUCUGGAAGGCGCUGCGAAAUUGACAUCGACGAAUGCGCCUCUCAACCUUGUUACAACGGAGCGACUUGCAUAGACUUACCGCAGGGAUACAGGUGUCAAUGUGCCAACGGGUACUCUGGCAUCAAUUGCCAGGAGGAGAAAUCAGAUUGUUCGAACGACACUUGUCCUGAAAGGGCGAUGUGCAAGGACGAGCCUGGAUUCAGCAACUACACGUGUCUGUGCAGAUCUGGAUACACCGGGGUGGAUUGCGAUAUCACUAUAAAUCCCUGCACCGCGAGUGGGAAUCCCUGCAACAACGGUGCAACUUGCGUGGCUCUUCAACAGGGCCGCUACAAGUGCGACUGUCUACCAGGAUGGGAGGGUCAGAGCUGCGAGAUCAACACUGACGACUGUGCUGAGAAACCUUGCCUAUUGGGAGCCAACUGUACCGAUCUCGUGGCUGACUUUACUUGCGAUUGUCCUCCAGGAUUCACCGGUAAACGGUGUCACGAGAAGAUAGACCUGUGCUCAGGUAAUCCUUGUCUGAACGGAAUAUGCGUGGACAACUUGUUUAGCCACGAGUGCAUCUGCCAUCCUGGAUGGACUGGGGCAGCUUGCGAGAUCAACAUCAACGAAUGUUCCAAUAAACCGUGCCGAAACAACGGCCAGUGUAUCGAUCAGGUUGAUGGAUACACCUGUACCUGUGAACCAGGCUACACCGGCAAACAGUGUCAGCACACGAUUGACGACUGUGCUUCUGAACCGUGUCAGAAUGGAGGCACUUGCCUGGAUCAAUUAGAAGGAUUCGUGUGCAAAUGCAGACCAGGAUUCGUUGGACUUCAAUGCGAGGCAGAACUGGACGAGUGUCUCAGUGAUCCUUGCAGUCCAGUCGGAACUGACCGUUGCGUGGACCUGGAUAAUACGUUUGUGUGCCACUGUCGGGAGGGUUACACUGGUGCUGCCUGCGAGAUCAACAUCGACGACUGUGUAUCUGGUCCUUGUUUAAAUGGCGCCACAUGCAGGGACGAAGUUGGUGGUUUCAAGUGCAUGUGUCCAGAAGGCUGGACUGGAGUCCAUUGCGAGGUCGAUGUUGGCAUGUGUCAAAAUCAUCCUUGUCAAAAUGACGCAGCGUGUGUGGAUUUAUUCUUGGAUUACUUCUGCGUAUGUCCAUCGGGUACGGAUGGGAAACAGUGCGAAACUGCCCCAGAACGUUGCAUUGGAAACCCUUGCAUGCACAGUGGACGUUGCCAGGACUUUGGAUCAGGACUUAACUGCACUUGUCCUGAUGAUUUCACUGGAAUUGGAUGCCAGUACGAAUACGAUGCUUGCCAAGCUGGCGCAUGUAAAAAUGGAGCUACUUGCAUCGAUGAAGGUCCUGGGUUCACUUGCAUUUGUCCACCAGGAUACACAGGUAAAACGUGUGAAGAUGAUAUAGUAGAUUGCAAAGAGAAUUCUUGUCCUCCAUCGGCGACUUGCAUCGACCUCACUGGUAAAUUCUUCUGCCAGUGCCCUUUCAAUCUAACUGGCGACGAUUGUAGGAAGUCCAUCCAAGUGGAUUACGACUUGUACUUCAGCGAUCCAGCCCGCAGCAGCGCGGCUCAAGUGAUUCCAUUCUUCACCGGAACAAGGAAAAGCUUAACGGUAGCCAUGUGGGUGCAAUAUACCCAGAAAGACGAAGCUGGAAUAUUCUUCACCCUCUAUGCCGUGAGCUCGCCUCAUGUCCCAAUGAAUCGCAGACUUAUGAUCCAAGCACACAGCAACGGUGUUCAGGUUUCUCUGUUCCAUGAUCUUCAAGAUGUCUACCUACCAUUCAGAGAGUAUGCGACCAUUAACGACGGUCAAUGGCAUCACGUAGCAGUAGUUUGGAACGGGGAGAAUGGCGGUGAAUUGAUCUUGAUUACGGAGGGCUUAAUUGCUAGCAAGACUGAAGGAUAUGGAAGCGGUAGAUCCCUGCCUGCUUAUGCUUGGGCAGUACUAGGAAAACCACAGAGUGAAAAUGCGAAGGGCUACACCGAAUCGGGUUUCCAGGGCCAUUUGACCAAAGUUCAGAUCUGGAGUCGAGCUUUGCACGUGACCAACGAGAUCCAGAAACAAGUACGCGAUUGUCGUACCGAACCUGUUCUCUAUCAAGGUUUGGUGCUGACUUGGGCAGGUUACGACGAGACUAUCGGUGGGGUAGAACGAGUGGUACCAUCCCACUGUGGACAGAGGGUGUGCCCACCCGGAUACGGUGGCAGCAAAUGCCAACAAUUGGAGUCUGACAAGAUUCCACCGAAAGUAGAACACUGCCCUGGUGAUCUUUGGGUAAUUGCCAAGAACGGUUCGUCUAUUGUCACUUGGGAUGAACCACGAUUCAUCGAUAAUGUGGGCAUAGUGAGAGUUCAAGAGAAGAACGGACACAGAUCUGGACAGACUUUGAUGUGGGGCAUUUACGACAUUAGUUACGUGGCUUAUGACCAGGCUGGUAAUUCUGCCAGUUGCAACUUCAAGGUCUACGUCUUGUCCGACUUUUGUCCGGAACUGGCUGAUCCGAUUGGAGGAACCCAACAAUGUAAAGAUUGGGGAUCAGGUGGGCAAUUUAAGGUUUGCGAAAUCUUCUGCAAUUCUGGACUUAGAUUCUCUCAAGAAGUACCGAAAUUCUACACCUGUGGAGCGGAAGGUUUUUGGAGACCAACGAACGAUCCAUCUCUACCUUUGAUUUAUCCUGCUUGCACCAGUGCUACAUCCGCUCAACGAGUAUUCAGAAUUAAAAUGAACUUCCCAACCUCGGUGCUCUGUAACGAAGCUGGACAAGGAGUGCUGAAGAAAAAGGUUCGAGAUGCUGUGAACUCUCUGAACAGAGACUGGAACUUCUGUUCAUAUUCUUUCGAAGGCACUCGCGAGUGCAAGGACUUAAACAUCGAUGUCCAAUGCGACCAUCGAGCACGGACCACAAGAGAGACGAGCGAAGAGGAUGGUGGCACUUAUAUCAUUUCAGCAGUAGUACCAGCAGAACCAACGAGACAGGCGCGGCAAGGCAGCGAUACCUACGAGGUGGAGAUCUCGUUCCCAGCGAUAAACGAUCCGAUUCUGAACGCUAACUCGAACGAGAGAGCAACUGUUCAGCAAUUAUUGGAGAGAUUGAUCUUGGAAGAGGACCAAUUCGACGUUCACGAUAUAUUACCGAACACUGUACCUGAUCCAGCAUCCUUGACUCUGGAAUCUGAUUACGAUUGCCCCGUGGGACAAGUCGUUAUGGCGCCUGAUUGCGUGCCCUGUGCCGUGGGAACGUACUACGACGAAGAAACGAAGCAGUGCCUGUCGUGUCCCGUCGGAAAGUACCAAAGCGAAUCGGGUCAGUUGAAAUGCAGUUCCUGUCCCGUGAUAGCGGGUCGUCCUAGCGUGACGGUGGGACCGGGUGCCCGAAGUGCAGCAGACUGCAAGGAACGUUGCCCGGCUGGAAAGUACUACGAUGACAUGGCUGGUCUCUGCCGAAGUUGCGGUCAUGGUUUCUACCAACCUAACGAGGGUAGCUUUUCAUGCUUGUUAUGCGGCUUGGGUAAAACUACCAGGACAGCCGAGGCGGUGUCUCGCGAGGAGUGCAGAGACGAGUGUGGUUCUGGACAGCAGUUAGCCGUGGAAGGAAAAUGCGAGCCUUGUCCUAGAGGAACUUACAGGACUCAGGGUGUUCAGGCUGCAUGCCAGGCGUGUCCUGUAGGUAGGACGACGCCAAACAUGGGCUCUGCAGCUAUCGAAGAGUGUUCUCUACCAGUAUGCGAACCAGGCACUUAUCUGAAUGGAACGCUGAACGAGUGCAUAGAGUGCAAGAAGGGAACCUAUCAGUCGGAGCCUCAACAGACCUUCUGUAUACCAUGCCCGCCUAAUACCAGCACCAAAGGAACAAAAGCUACAAGCAAAACGGACUGCACGAAUCCAUGCGAGACGAGUGACGCAGAGAUGCACUGCGACGCGAAUGCAUACUGCUUGUUGAUACCAGAAACGAGCGACUUCAAGUGCGAGUGCAAGCCAGGAUACAACGGAACCGGAACAGAGUGCACGGACGUGUGCAUGGGUUACUGUGACAACGAAGGCGUAUGUCUGAAGGAUUCGCGAGGACAACCGUCCUGCAGAUGCAGCGGAAGCUUUACUGGCAAACGAUGCACAGAAAAGUCUGAAUUCUUUUAUAUCACUGGUGGCAUCGCUGGUGGAGUCAUUCUAAUUAUCUUUGUCGUUCUACUAGUAUGGAUGAUUUGCGUUAGAGCUUCGCGAAAGAAGGAACCCAAGAAGAUGCUUACUCCGGCGACCGAUCAGAACGGUUCACAGGUGAACUUCUAUUAUGGUGCACCCACGCCAUACGCGGAAUCCAUAGCACCCUCGCAUCACAGCACCUACGCUCAUUACUACGACGAUGAAGAGGAUGGCUGGGAAAUGCCCAACUUCUACAACGAGACCUACAUGAAAGAGAGCCUGCACAAUGGUAAAAUGAACAGUCUUGCUCGUUCCAACGCCAGCAUUUAUGGAACGAAGGACGAUCUUUACGACAGACUGAAGCGUCACGCGUAUCCUGGUAAAAAAGACAAGAGCGACAGUGAUAGCGAGGGCCAGUGACCACGAAGAGCGGUCCGCGUUCUACCAAUGUAGAAAUUUCAAAGAAAAUAACCAUCACGCCGCAUCGAACAAUUUUAUUUAUUAUUCUGAAACGACGAAUUGUACCCAUCCGACGGUUCGCGGACGUUCGCGAAAUUUCGUCGUGU